UCGAAUUUCAGCAUAUAAAUUUUCAUGGCGGGGAUACAAACAUUUAGACCAUAGUAAAGUGUUAGAAGAAAUGACAUUAAAUUAGUGACAGGGCGGGCCUACGCCGGCUGACUCCAUCUUGUUCUGUGUCCUUCACCUUGACUAUACCUCCUCCCCUUGAGUAACCCCCCCCCCACUCACCUGCCUAACAGGACUCGGACCCUCCCCUAGACAAUCGGCUGAGGCCACAGCUAUUACCUCACCAACUGCCCCUAGGCCCCAAUAAAACCUUUGUCCUUUUGAAACUUGCUCUCUCUCCCUGGUAUCUCACUGCUGCAUCGGUGCAGGUAGGGGAUUGAGCUUGAGCUAGCUCGAAUAAAGGCUCUUUUGCUUUUGCAUUGGACUCAGCUCCCUGGCAGUAUUUGGGGAUCACGAAUUCUGGGCAUAACAUUUGGGGGCUCGUCCAGGAUCCCCAAGACCCCUGAGGGACCCCCAAACCGGAGAGCCUGACUGGCCACGGUUAGUGUCUGUUCGUUCUGUCUUUUCUGUGUGAGCUCAUGUCUGAAAUUCUGGUAGUGCCCGACGCAGUCUAAGUGGACGCACUGGAGGACCACGGGCCGGGAGUUUUGGAAGACGUUCUGAUCCUCCCUUUUGGAGGGACAUGGAAUCCCCUCAUCGGUUUUGGAGGGACACGGAAUCCCCUCAAAGGUCUGAGACGAGGCGGGUCGCUCCUGCCGGUCGGCGUGAGGCCGUCGUUUAGCUUUCGGUUUUGGAGGGAUGUGGAAUCCCCUCAUCGGUUUUGGAGGGACAUGGAAUCCCCUCAAAGGUCUAAGCUAGCUUUCAGUUUUGCUUCCAUGGAGUUGGAAGACUUUCUAGGGGCCCUCUGUUUGUCUGUUUUUGUGUUUCUCUGUUUUGUUCUGUGGACUUACUGGACUUACUGGACGGAUGUUAUGGGACAGACUCAGACUACUCCUCUAAGUAUUAUGAUUGAUCACUUUAAGGAUGUGAGGGGAAGAGCUAACAACCUCAGUGUGGAAGUCCAAAAGGGUCAGUGGCAGUUUUUUUGUUCUAGUGAGUGGCCAACUUUCAAUGUCGGAUGGCCACCAGAGGGGACCUUCGACCUCCCUACCAUCUACCGAGUCAGGAGUAUCAUCUCUCGGCCUAAGAUGGGCCAUCUUGAUCAGCUCCCUUACAUUAUCACUUGGCAGGACCUUGUAGAAGACCCACCCUCUUUGCUUAAGCCCUUCCUAGUCCCGCUCCCUCCGGAGCCAAAACCCAUUCUUGCUUUGCAGGGGACAAAGAAGAAGAAAAGUCUUACCCAGCCUUCAGUACCCCUCCACCCUGUCCUACAAGGGGGGACUGAAGAAGAAUUAAUUUUUCCUCCCCCAUAUAACCCCUCUAGGAUGCCGGAAGAACACCAUCCUCCCCCUCUGGGGGAGGCAAACACUGUUCCAAGAGUGGGAGGCAGAAAUGCUCCAGUGGGAAACCCGCCCUUUACCAGACAAAGGGCUCAGAGGGAGCAAUCCGCCUCUGCUGCUGACUCCACUAUUCUGCCCCUGCAAGCCACCGGACCCCCAGACGCGGAGGGGAAUCAGCCCCAUCACUAUUGGCCUUCUGCCACUAGUGACCUCUACAAUUGGAAAGCUCAGAAUCCUAAGUUUUCUGAGAAACCAGCAGGGCUUAUUGAUUUAUUAGACUCUGUUCUUUUUACCCAUCAGCCCACGUGGGACGAUUGCCAGCAGCUUUUGCAGGUCCUGUUCAUGACUGAAGAAAGAGAAAGAAUCCUCAAUGGGGCCCGAAAACUAGUUCCGGGCGCAGACAGGAAUCCCACCACCAACCAGGCUCAGAUAGAUGCCUCCUUCCCUUUAACUCGGCCCCAGUGGGAUUUCAACACAGCAGAAGGUAAGGAGAGGCUCCGGGUCUACCGCCAGACUCUAAUGGGGGGUCUCCAAAUGGCUGCUAGAAAGCCAACCAAUUUGGCCAAGGUAGGAAAUGUACAACAGGGAAAAGAUGAAUCUCCGGCUGCCUUUUUAGAACAGAUCAUGGAGGCAUUCCGUACCUAUACCCCCAUGGAUCCAAAGGCUCUGGAAAGCAAAGCAUCUGUUAUCAUGGCCUUUGUAAACCAAUCGGCCAUAGACAUUAGGAGAAAAUUACAGAAAAUAGAUAGCCUAGGAGAAAAAAAGCUGCAGGACUUACUGGUGGUAGCCGAAAAGGUAUAUAAUAACCGGGAGCCUCCUGAGGACAAGCAGGCUAGUGCCAUGGCGGCUGCCAGCAGUAAGCAGACUCGAGACCUGGCCAGAAUACUACUAGCUACCACUGCUGACUCCCCUGAAGAACAAGACUGCUGUCUCCGGCAGCUGGCAGACGAUGCAAGGAAAGGUAAAGGAACCACCAAGGGGGGGAAGCAGAGGCUGCAGAAAGAUCAGUGUGCAUACUGCAAGGAGAUAGGGCAUUGGGCCCGAGAUUGUCCGAAAAAGGCCGGCGGGAAGGGAAGCAAGACUGAUCGAGUAAAAGUCCUAGAGCUAGAUGAACUGAGUGAUUAGGGGAGUCGGAGUUCGGACCCUCUCCCCAAACCCAGGGUAACUCUUAAAGUGGAGGGGACCCCUGUUGACUUCCUUGUCGACACUGGAGCAGAACAUUCAGUCCUCCGCACCCCACAAGGAAAACUAGCCAGCAAGAAGUCCUGGGUACAAGGGGCAACUGGUAUGAGCCAGUAUUCAUGGACUACCUGAAGAAUGGUAGAUUUGGGGACGGGAUGGGUAUCCCACUCCUUUAUGGUAAUACCAGAAUGCCCCUACCCACUGUUAGGAUGGGACUUACUGACCAAGAUUGGAGCUUAUAUAACUUUCAGGCAAGGGGGGCCUCAGGUCACCGAUGGCAAGGGCCACCCCAUACAGGUCCUGACCAUGAAACUGGAGGAUGAAUACCACCUCCACCAGGAGGCGCUCCCGAGAGAGGAUAAUAUAGACAGAUGGCUACAAGAAUUCCCCUUGGUUUGGGCAGAUGGGGGGAUAGGACUAGCCACUCACAGGACCCCGGUCCUGGUAGAGCUCAAGCCAGGAGAGAGUCCGGUAAGUAUCAAACAAUACCCCAUGUCUCAGGAGGCCCGGAAGGGGAUCCAGCCACACAUCCGGAGACUACGAAGCCUAGGGGUACUAGUUCCUUCCCAGUCUCCCUGGAACACCCCCCUACUGCCGGUCAGGAAGCCUCACACAAAUGACUACCAACCAGUACAAGACCUCCGGGAAGUAAAUAAGAGGGUCAUGGACAUACACCCAACUGUUCCCAACCCAUAUACUCUCUUGAGCUCCUUGGCUCCCUUCAGGGUCUGGUAUACUGUACUAGGUUUAAAGGACGCCUUCUUCAGUCUGCCGCUGGCACCCCAGAGCCAACCCUUGUUUGCCUUCAAGUGGCAUGAUCCAGAGGAGGGCUACAGUGGGCAACUCACCUGGACACGGCUACCUCAGGGAUUCAAAAAUUCGCCCACCAUCUUCGACGAGGCACUACAGGAGGACCUGGGUGAGUACAGAAAGGAGCACCCUGGCCUCACCCUCCUACAGUAUGUAGAUGACAUCCUGAUUGCUGCGACAUGGCCAGACUGUGAGCGAGGGACCCAGGACCUGCUGGCUACCCUGGGGGCCUUAGGGUACCAGGCAUCCAUGAAGAAAGCUCAGAUAUGCAGGGAGAGGGUAAGUUACCUGGGAUAUAUCCUGGAGGGUGGACAGCGGUGGUUAUCAGAUGCCAGAAAAGAAACUGUCCUAAAGAUCCCUACUCCCACUUCCCGAAGAGAAGUAAGGGAAUUCUUAGGAUCAGCCGGCUACUGCCGCCUCUGGGUUCCAGGUUUUGCUGAGAUCGCCAGGCCCCUAUAUGAAGCUACCAAAGAGGGGGAAACAUUUAAAUGGGCUGAAAAAGAAGAAACUGCCUUUAAUCAGUUAAAAAAGCCCCUCCUAAGUGCCCCAGCCCUGGGCCUACCAGACAUUACGAAGCCCUUCCACCUCUUUGUAGACGAACAUAAGGCAAUAGCAAAAGGGGUUCUAACUCAAGCCUUAGGCCCCUGGAACCGCCCAGUGGCUUACCUGUCCAAGAAACUAGACCCAGUGGCUGCCGGCUGGCCGCCAUGCCUAAGAAUUGUUGCUGCGACAGCACUCCUAGUCAAGGAUGCAGACAAACUGACCCUAGGACAGGAGAUCUGGAUCACAACCCCAUACGCCAUUGAAGCGGUCCUGAAACAGCCUCCUGAUAGAUGGAUGAGCAACACAUGUAUGACUCAUUACCAGAGCCUCCUACUCAACCCUCCAUGAGUGCAGUUCCACCCCAGUGCAGCCCUCAAUCCUGCAACCCUGCUGCCCGACCCUGACCUAGGUGCUCCAAUACAUGACUGUGCGGGAAUCCUGGAACAAGUACAGGGAUUCUGGAUGGACUUGACCGACCGGCCUCUCCCCGAUGCUGAGGCUACUUGGUUCACUGAUGGCAGCAGCUUUGUGCGAGAUGGACACAGGUAUGCGGGUGCAGCGGUGGUCACCGAAACGGACACCGUAUGGGCAGAGGCUCUACCCUCCGGAACGUCAGCCCAGCAAGCAGAGCUCAUAGCCCUCACCAAGGCGCUGAUGCUGGGAGCCGGAAAGCGGCUUAACAUCUACACAGACAGCCGUUAUGCGUUUGCCACAGCUCAUAUUCAUGGGGUAAUUUAUCAGGAGAAGGGGUUACUGACAGCAGAAGGACGGACUAUAAAAAAUAAGCAGGAGAUACUUAACCUGCUUACGGCCUUAUGGCUUCCUGCCAAGCUAACCAUUAUCCACUGCCAAGGGCACCAAAAAGCUGAUAACCCAGUAGCUAGAGGUAAUCAAAAGGCUGACCAGACAGCCAAAGCAGUAGCCCUUACUUCAGUCCCCACCAUGACCAUACAACUACCGGACCCAGGAGACCCAGUUUUACCAGACCAGCCCAAAUACUCCCAGGAGGAGUUACAGCGGAUCAAGAAACUCCCCAUGGCCCAGAAGACAAAGGGAUGGUGGUAUACACCUAACAAGGAGCUCAUGCUGCCAGACCGGCUCGGAGUUUCAAUAUUAGAGCACAUGCAUCAGUCUACUCACAUGGGGCCUGAAUUAAAAGACUUAAUCCGACAUGCCAGAAUCAAGAUUCACCAACAGGACACCAAAAUAGAGCAAGUUGUAUCUGUCUGCAAGACCUGCCAACUCACCAACGCGAGGGCCCCAUCAAAUAAAAAAGGAACCAGGCUCAGAGGCACCAGACCAGGAGCCCAAUGGGAAGUCGACUUCACUGAAGUCAAACCAGGAAAGUAUGGUUAUAAAUAUCUUUUAGUAUUUACAGACACCUUCUCUGGCUGGGUGGAGGCAUACCCAACCAAGCAUGAAAUGGCUCAGACGGUGGCUAAGACUACUAGAAGACAUCUUACCCAGGUAUGGUUUUCCUGCCAUGGUAGGAUCAGACAAUGGACCAGCUUUUAUCUCGCAGGUAACACAGGCAGUAGCCAAGGCGGUGGGGGCAAACUGGAAAUUACAUUGUGCUUAUAGGCCCCAGAGCUCAGGACAGGUAGAAAAAAUUAAUAGAACCCUAAAAGAGACCCUUACCAAAUUAACCAUGGAGACUGGCGGGGACUGGGUGACUCUCCUACCAUACGCCCUUUACCGGGUUAAAAACACUCCUUACACUCUGGGUUUUACUCCUUAUGAGAUCAUGUUUGGCAGGCCACCCCCUGUUAUUCCCAACCUUCGAGCUGAACUUCUUGCUGAGUUUAAAGAUCAAUAACUUUUUCUUUCCUUGAGAAGGCUCCAGAGGGCGCAGGAGGACAUUUGGCCACGCCUACGUGCCCUCUACGAGGCUGGCCCGACCCCGACACCUCAUCAGUACAGGCUGGGAGACUGGGUCUACAUCAAGAGGCACCACCGAGAGACCCUCGAGCUGCGCUGGAAGGGACCCUACAUCGUGGUGCUGACAACCCCCACCGCUCUCAAAGUAGAUGGCAUCGCGACCUGGGUCCAUCACACCCACGUUCGGCCAGCGGACCCCUCCUCGAUCUGGAAGGACUUCGUCACGCGAUGGGCUGUCAGUAGAGACCAACACAACCCACUCAAGCUCAAGCUACAGCGCAUUCGACCCACUUAAUAUUGGUAACUCUGUUAACUCUGCUUGUCAUUGCUCAUGCUGCCGGGAGUCCCCACGCCCCCCAAAACAUCACUUGGCAGAUCAUAGACACCAGCUCAGGGACAAUACUUAAUCAGACCUCCCAGAGCCACCCCAGGGACACUUGGUUCCCAGAACUUUGUGUAAACCUCCAAACUCUGUUCCCCUUGUCACCAUAAAUGCAGCCGGUCCCAUGACUGGGUCCGUAAGCUACAUGACAAGGGGGGAAUGAAAGGGCGGACCUACGCCGGCCAACUCCAUCUUGUUCUGUGUCCUUCACCUUGACCAUACCUCCUCCCCUUGAGUAACCCCCCCCCUCACCUGCCUAACAGGACUCGGACCCUUCCCCAGCCAAUCGGCUGAGGCCACAGCUAUUACCUCACCAACUGCCCCUAGGCCCCAAUAAAACCUUUGUCCUUUUGAAACUUGCUCUCUCUCCCAGGUAUCUCACCACUGCGUCGGUGCAGGUAGGGGAUUGAGCUCGAGCUAGCUCGAAUAAAGGCUCUUUUGCUUUUGCAUUGGACUUGGCUCCCUGGCGGUAUUUGAGGAUCACGAAUUCUGGGCAUACCAAUUAGUAAUCCAAAAACUUUCCACAAAGGAAAGCUCAGGACAAGAUGGUUUCACUGGUGAAUUCGAUCAAACAUUUAAAGAAUUAUAAUCAGUUCAUCACAAACUCUUACAAAAUAUAGAAGAGAAUGGAGUACUUCCCAAUUAAUUC